UAUUUUUUUAUUUGAAGUCAUUAAUGAUUAACGGAGGUGCUCUGGUGAAUCUUGUUCAAUGAAGAGAACACUGGAGCAGACAAAGUGAAUGCAGCAGGGUCCUCUUGUAGCACUGAAGGGGUAAAAGGAAAAUGAAACCCACCUUCUCCUUGUGUUUUCUGCUGGCUGGUUUGUAUUCUGUUGUCCAAUGUCAUCAGCAUCCUCGCUACCUCAAUAAACAGGACGAUUCUAAAGGAGCACAUUACCCAGGUAGCAGUUCUCACGGGGAAGGAGUUUUUCCAAAUAAAAACAAAACUUUUGUCAAAGUAGUUCACAGCAAUGCUGAUUUUGCAUUUUCAUUUUACAAGCUGGUUGCAUCCGAAGCAACUGAUCAAAAUAUUUUCUUUUCACCCAUAAGCAUUUCUGCUUCCCUUGCAAUGCUGGCACUGGGUGCCAAGUCAGCAACACUAACACAGAUUCUGGAAGGGCUUGCCUUUAACCUGAAAAAGACUCAGGAUCAAGAAAUACAUGAAGGUUUUUGCCAGCUCCUCCAUAUGCUGAACCGUUCAGAUAGUGAUCUUCAUCUAAGCCUGGGCAAUGUCCUUUUUAUAGAAGAGACACUGAAACCACUACAGAAGUUCUUGGAGGAUGCCAAAAGCUUUUACCAGUCUGAAGUCCUUUCUGCUGACUUUAACAACUCCUCUAGUGCUGAGAUCCAGAUCAACAGUUAUAUUGAAGAAAAGACAAAUAAGAAAAUUGUUAAACUAGUAGAAAAUCUUGAUCCUCUCACCGCAAUGGUUCUUGUUAACUAUGUCUUCUUUAAAGCUCAUUGGCAGAAACCCUUCAGUGAUUCAUACACAAAAAAAGAUGAUUUUUUUGUGGAUAAGAAAACAUCUGUGAAAGUUGACAUGAUGUAUCGGAAAGGUUACUACAGAAAUUACUUUGAUGAAGAGCUGUCCUGUUGGCUGGUUCAGAUUCCUUACAAUGGAAAUGCUGCAGCAUUGUUUGUUUUACCUGAUGAAGGGAAGAUGAAACAGGUGGAAGAUGCUCUUUUGAAAAGAACUGUGGCAAAAUGGGAAAAGCUCCUCCAAGAUAGAAAAAUACACCUACAUAUUCCAAAACUUUCUAUUUCUGGUACCUACGAUGUGAAAAAGAUAGUCAGAGAAGUGGGUAUAAUUGAUGUAUUCACUGAACAAGCUGAUCUGUCAGGAAUUACAGAGGAUCCUGGACUGAUGGUUUCGAAAGUGAUCCACAGAGCUGUGCUAAAUGUUCAUGAGAAUGGCACUGAAGCAGCAGGAGUCACAGUGAAGGAGAUUACAUGGAGAUCUGGUGAUUUUUCUCGUCCUCCUCGAGUCAGAUUCAACAGGCCCUUUCUCCUGAUGAUUGUGGAUAAAUAUGCUCAUACCAUCCUCUUCAUUGGGAAAAUUGUAAAUCCUCUGAAAAAAUAACUGAUUGCCCAGAGGACAGGUACUUCUGCACAUAGCUACCUAAGAUCCUGUGAUCCAGUAAUAACUUUGUGUACACCAACGUGUACUGGUGUCUUUCAACUUUCAACACGUUUCUAACCCCUGAAAAGCAAGAACUACUUUUUCUUGCCCAAAUGACACAGAUUUCCCCUCUGGUCUACAAAUGUAUGUAACUUGUAUUGUUAACAAAGUAUGAGUCACUUUUCAGCUGUUCUGUAAUAGUGCCUUCUAGACGCUCUCCAGUAUAUGUAGUGAUCUGUAGCCUCUUUCAUGGAUGAUGUAGCUUUUAAGCAAUUAAGUUGCUCUUCAUUGCUGAGGUAUUGAUAAUGUAUUGAGAUAAAAUAAAUGAUGGAAUAUUCCACGUGAUAGCA